UAAAUGCAUAAAUUAUUAAAUAGUUAAAACCUUAAAUAUUUUAAAUAAAAAUCAAAUUUUUGUGCUGGAAUUGCUUAUUAUUUGAAAAAAUUAUCAAUUUGUACAGCUCACGAUAAAAAAUGAUUCAAAUUAUUAAGAUAGUAACAUUACUAUCAAUAUUUAAUACAUGCUAUGGAACAUCUAGCAAUCUUAUGACAGACCUAAGUAUGGAAUGGGAUGAAUGGAGUAAUCAUUUUAAGGGUGAUUACAUACAGUAUGUUGGACACUAUGAAGGAAUGACAGAUGAUAUAGACACGCAUUCUAAAAUAAAAUCACAGUAUUUAUCGGGAAUAAAUAAUGUUAGAAAUUGGCAUAAUGUAGAACCUCUAAUACAAAUUAUAGAAUUGGAUAACAUUGCACAGUCAUAUGCAAAUUACAUAGCCAGGACAGGAAGUUUUGAAGUAAGUAACUUCAAUAAAGUUUUUGGACUUUUGAAAUCAUGUCGUGAUGUUGAUGAAAAUGAAGACGUAGGAAAAAGAGUACCUAUUGAAUUGUACAGCAAUUUUGAUAAAGGCGAUAAACCUUUUGAUUUUGAAGCGAAUGAUGAGGAAAUGUUUAAAAAUGAGAAUGUUGAAGGCCGUGAUAAAUCAAUACGUAUGAUUUGGAAAAGUGCCAUUAACAUAGGAAUUGGCGUGGCAAAAACAAAUGAAAUUAUAUAUAAAAAAAAUAAACAACAUGGAACAUUUUAUAUAAUUGUAGCAGCGAUAUAUCCUAGGCCACGCACAUUGGGAAAAUAUAAAGAAAAUAUAACACCUAGAAAUCUUGAGCUCAUGAUACAUGAUGGUUACUUCCAAUUUCUUCAGAAAGAAAAAGAACGCGACAAAAGUUUUAUUAGAUACAAAAUGGACCCAUGGUUACGAAACCUUAUGGAACGUGUAUUAGAAAAGGAUGUCAGCAUUGAAAAGAAAGAUAACUAAACGUUCAAAAACUUCUUUCUUAUUUUUGAAUUAUUAUGCUGUUAAAAUAAAUAUAAGUUAUAACUAAAAUAAUCUUUAUAAAAACUUGUCUGUAUCAUUAAUAAUAUUUUUACGAUUUUUAUUUAAAGUUCACAAUUUAUAUCUUAAUAACUCUUAAAAAAAAAUUGUUUGCAACACGUAUGAAAUUGUUCUUGAUU